GUGAUGGACAUGCUCCCACACUUUCCAUUUAUCUCUCUCUCUCUAAAAAAGCUUACACAAACAUUAUACUUGUGAUUCUCUCUAUUCAAUAGUGUGUGUAAUAAAUACCGGGUUUUUUGGGAUCUCAUUGAGCUAUUCUCUCUCUGUCUCUUCAUUCUUUCCAUUUUUUGGUUGAAUUUUUCACACCCCUUUUCUUUUUAUUUUCAGUUUUUAGCUUCAGUUUCUGCUGUUUUUGAUUUUUUCAUUGGUUUUUCUUGGUGGGUUUUGGAGUCUGAUCUUUUAUUUGAUCUGGGUUGCAAUUUGUUUGGCUGUUUGAUGCUGUAGUAGUGAAAUUUUGUUGAGUUUUUUCAAUAAAAGUUCGGAUUUUUAUUUGAAGGUUGGUGAUGGGGUUCUAAAGAUUUGAUCUUUACAAUCAGGAGUUCUCUGUUGUGACAAAAUAUUGGAAAGAGGGACUUGAGACUGAGGGUUAAAGUUUGUGGAUUUGCAAUUGCGGAAAAAAGGGUGAUAAGAUUAAUAGCUGGUCUGGAUUCUUCAACUGAAAUUAGGGGGUGGGAGUGUGUAGCUGGUCUGGAUUGCAUAUUGAAUAUUAUCAGGGCCCUAAGGAUGGGGUCCUGCUUAUCUACGGAAAGCAGGAGCCCUGUCCCUAAUUCCCCUGGGUCUAGGAAGAGGAAGAAUUCAAGGAAAAAACUCGGGUCUCGGAAUUCUUCCUUUGAAUCCAAGAGGGAGGAACAGCUUUAUCGGAUUCCAGGGCGGAUGUUUUUGAAUGGCUCUAGUGAUGUUGCUUCGAUGUUUACCCAGCAGGGCAAGAAAGGAACCAAUCAAGAUGCCAUGAUUGUUUGGGAGAACUUCGCUUCGAGGGCAGACACGAUCUUUUGUGGUGUUUUUGAUGGGCAUGGACCCUAUGGUCACAUGGUUGCUAAACGAGUUAGAGAUUCUCUCCCAUUAAAGCUUAGUGCAAACUGGGAAGUAAAUAUAAAGGGAGAUGAAGCUCUUAAAGAGAUCAAUAUUAAUGGCACAGGUAGCAUGAACUCGGAAAGCACCUCCUUUUUAGCUUCUAAUGAGGAAUCAAGGGCAUGCCUCGAUGUUGAAGGAACUGAAAAUCAUGAAAAUAUGUUUCAGAUCCUGAAGGAUUCCUUUCUCAAAGCUUACAAAGUCAUGGAUAGGGAACUUAAGAUGUAUACUACCAUUGAUUGCUUCUGUAGCGGAACAACAGCUGUAACCUUGAUUAAGCAGGGUCAAGAUCUUGUGAUUAGUAAUGUUGGGGACUCCAGAGCUGUAAUGGGUACGAGAGAUCAAGAUGGUCAUCUUACUGCGUUACAGCUGACUGUUGAUUUGAAACCAAAUCUUCCAGCUGAAGCAGAGAGGAUUCGUAACUGUAAGGGGCGAGUGUUUGCCCUUCGGGAUGAACCUGAGGUUGCCAGAGUUUGGUUGCCGAACAAUGACUCUCCUGGCCUUGCCAUGGCCCGUGCCUUUGGAGAUUUCUGUCUUAAAGAUUUUGGCUUAAUAUCCGUGCCUGAAGUAUCUCAUCGACACCUCACAGAAAAGGAUGAGUUUGUAGUCCUGGCAUCAGAUGGGAUUUGGGAUGUUCUCUCAAACAAGGAGGUUGUAGACAUUGUGGCUGCAGCUCCAGCACGGUCUUACGCUGCUAGAGCAUUAGUCGAGGCAGCAGUCCGAGCAUGGAAGUGUAAAUACCCUACAUCGAAAGUUGAUGACUGUGCAGUGGUUUGCCUCUUCUUGAAUUCCAAUGACUUAUCUUCUGCUUCUGCUGUUAAAUCAGAGGAGAAGAUAGUGUCCAUGGGACAACAGGUUUUAGAUGAUAAUAUUAAAGGGUCAUCUGAACCAUUGGGAAUUAACCGUUCUGGGACUGUGAGGAAUGACAGGGAGAAACUUGGCGAUGAAUGUAAAGAUGAAGAGGUUGAAGCCGAUGAGGAUGAUGCUUUGCUAUAUUCUGACCCAGGAAAAGACUGGUCUGCCCUUGAAGGGGUUUCUCGGGUAAAUACAUUACUGACAUUACCAAGGUUUGUGCCUGGGGAAGUAGACAAGGCAGCUGCUGGAGCAGCAAAGACCCUCAAAUGAUUAAAACAGAGAAGGUUCAAUUUAUUUCAGAGUUAUUCGUAAAUUUUAUUUGCCCUACAUAUUCACAGUUCAGUCUCUUUUUAUGUUUCCAUUUACAAAAAAAAUAUUUUUCGACACCACAGAUGUUUUUUUAUAAACCAGAGAGGUGGGCCCGGCUAUAUUAGAGUGUCCGGGAAUUGUCCGUUCUCUCUCCAGGUGGGUAGUACCAGAAUUUUGUAAAAUCCAACUUUGGUUUCUUAUGUGUUUCUUUUACAGCAUGGCAGAAAAUUGUGGAAGAUCUGUUAAUAAUUAUUGUGUUAGUGCAGUC